AUCUGAAUAUGCUUAGUAGUAGAAAUACAACAGCUAUUUGUUUCAGGAGUCUUUCUGUGAUUUUAAAUCAGGUAUACAGAAAUAUCUGACCAGAAAUAUAAGCUAUACAGGAAAGGAACAUGUAUGGAUUUAAAACAUUUGUAGUUUACCAAUAAUAGAUUGCACAUUUAAAGUAAACACCGCCAUUGUACAUUUAUAUACAGUCACGGUAAAAAGAAAGUACACUCUCUUUCUAUUCUAUGUUUUUAUUUAUCAGGACCUAAAUAACAAUUAUGUGGUCCUCACCAACUUCAAUAAACAAACAAAUAACCUCAAGUGACAACAAAAAAAACACAACAAAUUUCAAUACAUAGUCAUUUUUCCCCAAAAACAUUCAGAAAACAUGUGGGAAAAAUAAGUGCACCCUUCCUACUUCCACAGUCAUUAAUAAAGAAAUUAGCAGCCAGAUGUUACUAAUGAAAUCUAUAAAAGCAGAACUUGCAGUUUGGUGUUCUGGUGCGCUCAGGUCUGUCUCUACAUCAUGCUAAAAAUAAAGGACAUCAGCCAUGACCUCAGAGAAGCAAUUGUUGCUGCUCCUCAAUCUGGGAAGGGUUAUAAGGCCAUCUCCAAACAAUUUAAAAUUCACCAUUCUACAGUGAGAAGAACUGUUUACAAAUUGAGAGCCUUUAAGAGAGUUAAAGUUAUCUUCAGGGGAGUGAGAGUCCAAGGUCAGACUGUUUAAUGCUCAGAGAUAAACAAAACCGCAAGAGCUACAUCAUAUGACCUACAGGCCCCUGUAAGCGCAUUAAAUGUUUAUGUUCAUGACAGACUGAACAAGCAUGGCUUUCAUUGAAGAGGGUGGCUAGGAAAAAGCCCUUUCUCUAUUCCAAAAAGAAUAUGGCAGCAUGACUUAGGUUUUCAAAAUUGCAUUUGAACAAACCACAAAUGUUCUGGAACAAUAUCCUUUGGACUGAUAAGACCAAGAUGGAGAUGUUUGGUCAUCAUGCACAGCACCAUGUGUGGUGAAAACAAAACACAGUGUAUCGCCAAAAACACCUCAUACCGACUGUCAAGUAUGGUGGUGGAGGGGUGAGGAUUUGGGCUUGUUUUGCGGUCAUAGGACCUGGGAAACCUGCAGUCAUUGAGACAACGAUGAACUCCACUUUAUACCAGAAUAUUCUUGAGACAAAUGCAAGGCCAUCUGUCCAGCAGCUUAAGCUGGGCCAAAACUGGGUCAUGCAACAGGACAAUGAUCCCAAGCACACCAGCAAAUCUACAUCUGAAAGAAUAAAGAAGGAAAAAAUCAAGGUGUUGGAAUGGAGUCGAAGUCCAGAUCUCAACCCCAUUGAGAUGCUGUGGUGGGAUCUUAAGAGAGCUGUGCAUAAAUAAAUGCCCUCAAACAUCACUGAACUGAAGCAGUGUUGUAAAGAAGAGUGGGCCAAAAUUUCUCCCAAAUGAUGUGAGAGACUGAUAAACUCCUACAGAAAACGUUUACUUCAAGUUGUUGUUGCUAUAUGUGGUUCUACAUGUUAAUGAAUUAUAGGGUGUACUUAUUUUUUCCCACCUGGUUUCUGAAUGUUGGUUUACUUUUUGUAAAAAAAAAAAAAAAAACGAAUGGUUAUUUGUUUGUUUAUAAAAGUUGGUGAAGACCAAACAAUUAUUUAGGCUCAUGAUAAAAACAUAGAAUUAAAGGAGGGUACACUUUCUUUUUUCCAUGACUGUACAUUGUGUACAUUUAAUUUGACCAGUUCAUUCUUACAAGUCUGUGUCUGUAAAUGCUGAUAAGAUGUAAAUUACCAAGAGCGUCCACUGCACAGCUGAUUUGUGUUCAGUGACGUACAAAAAGUCCAUAAAAGGAAAAAAGCUGAAAACGACAACAUGAUAACUAAAUGGUGAAAGAGCGCCUCCUGUGUACUAGUGUAGUGUGUGCUAGUGCUGCAUUUGACUAGGGGUCAUAAUUCCCGAUCUUUAACCAGGAAAUACCAAAAAAAAAAAAGGAAUACCCCUUCAACUCAGAAUUCCUACUCAGGAACUCGAGACAGUCUCCUCAACCCUGCACUUCUGUUCAGCAAGUGACGCCAAAAUCAACAUGGCCGCUCACAGCAUGAUCAGUAAAUAAUAGUACUUUUUACCUUUAAAUGAAUUAUACUGUAUAUACAAGUAUUCACUUUAGAUUAAUUCGCUUAUUAAAUCUACACCAAUCAGCCAUAACAUUAAAACCUCCUGCCUAAUACUGUGUAGGUCCCGCUUUUGGUGCCAAAACAGCUCUGACAUGUUGAGGGAUGGACUCCACCAGGCCUCUGAAGGUGUGCUGUGGUAUCUGGCACCAUGACAUUAGCAGCAGAUCCUUUAAGUCUUGUAAGUUGUGAGGUGGAGCCUCCAUGGAUCGGACUUGUUUGCCCAGCACAUCCCACAGAUGCUUGAUCAGACUGAGAUCUGUGGAAUUUGGAGGCCAAGUCAACACCUUGAACACUUUGUCAUGUUCCUCAAACUAUUCCUGAACAAUCCUGCUGAAAGAGGUCACUGCCAUUAGGGAAUACUGUUGCAAUGUUUAGGUAGGAGGUACGUGUCAAAAUAACAUCCACAUGAAUGCCAGGACCCAAGGUUUCCCAGCAGAACAUUGCCCAUAGCAUCACACUGCCUCCACCGGCUUGCCUUCUUCCCAUAGAGCAUCCUGGUGCCAUCUCUUCCUCAGGUAAGCGACGGAAGAGAAAAGAAAAAUGUAAAAUGUAAAAGAAAACAUGAUUCAUCAGACCAGGCCACCUUCUUCUAUUGCUCAAUGGUCCAGUUCUGAUGCUCACGUACCCAUUGUACUCAUCACAUACCCAUCCCCACACACAUCAUUGAGCCUUGGGUGCCCAUGACCAUGUCGCCAGUUCACUUGUUGUCCUUCGUUGGACCACUUUUGGUAGGUACUAACCACUGCAUACCGGGAACACCCCACAAGACCUGCCGUUUUGGAGAUGCUCCGACCCUGUCAUCUAGCCAUCACAAUUUGGCCCAAAUCAAAGUCACUCAGAUCCUUACAAUUGCCCAUUAUUCCUGCUUCCAACACAUCAACUUGAAGAACUGACUGUUUACUUGCUGCCUAAUAUAUCCCACCCCUUGACAGAUUAUAAUGAGAUAAUCAAUGGUAUUCACGUCACCUUUCAGUGGUUUUAAUGUUAUGGCUGAUUGGUGUAUAUAACCCUUAAUAUACAGUUUGCUGUUUUGAGGAGGUAAACAUCACUCGUCAGUUAGCUAGCUAGCUUAUUGCUAACAAAAGAUGAAAUAUGGAGGUGUCCAUAUUUUUCCCACACUUAAUAGUUCAAACACAUGGAGGCUGAAAAUGACUAACUUCAACUUCCAACAUCCAAGGUAAGUUGAACGAAGCAGAAAUCUUCCAGUAAUAUAGCUCAGGCAUUGUUCUGCAUUGCUUUCUUUCAUGUUAUUAACCUGAAACAACUGGGUGUUCCAAAUUUUAAAAAAACAUGUGUAAUUGGAAUAAAUAAGCCAUUUAUAGCCAGUUAUAUGAUCUGAAGCUGAUCAGUCGAGGUUCACAUUAGUGAGUCUCCUAACACAUAUGAGCACACUUAUUCUUUUCCCACUUAUUAUUAUAGCAUUGCUAUGGCAGAGGCUGAUUAAAUGAAAUCCAUCCAGCUACAUGUACAUGACAGAAUCAAUUUCAUGUUUCCAACCAAAUACUGAGUUAAUGCUAUUUAGAAAGGCAAGGUAUAGUCACGCAUGGAGGCGUAAGCUUUUAUUAUAAUAGACCUUGGACGCCUUUCAGCUACUGAACUGAUAUCCUGGUAUCAAUUACUGUCAUAGUAUUCUUGAACUUCUGUGGCAGUAUGGUGGGGGCAGGUGAUCCUGGAGGAAUAAUUAGGGGCAACAUGCACAGAGAGCAAGAGUAAGGAGAUUAACUCUCUGUUGUUCUAGUCGUCUGUGUUCCUGUCUCUCUGCAUCCUCAACCCAUAAAUUCUAGGCAUUGCUGUGCAUCCUCUAAGCCCCUGCUCUCUAACUGCCUGCUAGUGUAAACAGAGUACGUCUGAAAAGCCUCAUUGAAAGAAGAGAAGCAGAUGCUGAUGGGAUGUGUGUGACACAGGUGAGUUAGCAUUAAGGUUGCUGAAACCCUGUACAAGUUCAACUCAUUUGCUUAAUAGGAAAUUGCUAAAGGCAUUGCUAAAGAACACAGCAAAGAUCUACUUUUAAAUGUGCUUAACAAUGAUGCAGUGAAGGAAUUUGCUUUUGAUUACUUCUUAUUUGAAGGCACCGUAAGUAGACAUAACUGUUUGUGCUCAUGGAUGCUUCAUUCACCAAGUAGCCCUCAUCUGGUGGAAAGUAAAUAUUCAUUUUUAUUCCUUGUUUUUCCAUUCUUAGUUCUUUUCUUGUGAAUUCAAUCUGAGUUGCUCAAUAAAUUCAAAGUUAGUAUAGUUUCCAAAAGGAUAGAAACUAUACUAACUUAUUCAAAGCUUGAGUUUUUUGAUAUGGAAGUUGCUUAAUAAUAAUCACAGAACUAUGUGGUUAAUUCGUAUAGUACUUUAUAACAUUUAAGCAGUGUGAUACAGUAAUGUUACAUAAUUUUUUUUACAUCAUUUAAUUGUAUGCAAGAUCUUUUGUUCCUGAAUUUCUCUUCAUAUUGUGGACAUGUUCCUGGGUUUCUCUUGGUGAAAAUAUAAAUCAGUGUAUAUUUACAAUGAAACAUGAUACAUUAGAAAGGCAGCAGAUUGAUGAGAACUGGAUUGAUAGAUAUGGCUUGGAUAUGUACUGAUAGAGAACUUCAAUCUAUUCUCCAUAAACAAUGCAGACACAGUAGCCUUGCUUUCUAGGUGAUAGGGAUCCAUUACAUGCUAAGUAGCUGGCACCAGCCCCUCAUUUUUGGAAGGAGAAGUGAGUUGCUUUCAUUAGGCACUGAAUGCAUAUUGUAUGACUCAGAAAAAAAACAUUUUACUAGAAUUAUAGCCUACUUUGUAUAUCUUCACAUUUAUUAUACAUAAAUAACAAUUAUUAGAAUUAUAGAUUCUUUUAUGCAACACAGAUGUGGUGUUUCAGUGAUCUCUGCUGAAUGCAUUAGUUUAGAAAUAGAUUCCACCUGAACAUUCCUGUACAGAUAACCUGAUCUUACGCAAAAUGCACAGGAAUUCCCAAGACCGAAACCAAUUUCACUGAAUUUCAUAUGAAUGAGACGGAAUAAAAGCUACCACUACGUUUUCCUGCACACUUGGCUUGUGCAAAUUCUUAUGAACUUACGGUCAUAAGACUGUGUUGGAUAGAAAUGUCUGAAAUUGAGCCAUGGCAUGAAAUCACAUGUUAAAUGAUUUAAAGUGAUAAUAGUAUUGAUAGUUUUAUGAUGUUUCUGUGUAGCACUACUAUGAAAAAUGAUGCUCUGUGAUAUAAUAAUAUUGGCUUUUAAAUAAACCCUAUUAACAUAUUCUAUCAUUUCUUUCUGUUGCUUCCAUUUUCAUUUGUGCUCCUAAUUGGGCAGCAGAUCAGUAGACAUUUCAGCUAAUUACAGAAGAGCAGGAUCACUUUCCUGCCUCACCCCCCUCCUGGCCUCUAAUUUUACAUCUGUCCUCCAAACAGUAGCAAUAUUCAAUCUGGAACAGUAGACUCUGUUUCCUUCCAGACUAUCUUUGAUGAGCAACUUCAUUUCCUCCAAGGAUCACAUUUCUUAGUACCAUCUGGUCAUUCCCUACACCGCUUCACUGCUUCUCCCUCCCUCUGGAGGUGUUGAGGUGUUGGUUGUCUUGUUUUGGUGGACUGGAUGUUUGCCCUGCCUGAGAACAAAAGGCUACAGACCUUUGAGCCACUACACUCAUCACUAUCCAACCUCCUGUUAAACUAUUGAUAAGAACUGAAGUGCCAUGGGGAGGUCGACCUGCCCUGCUAUUACAGUGAUGACAGAGAAAGACUAGGAUUAGAGGAGUGUUGUGAAUAUGUAUUAAGCAACCAUAAGGAGAAGAUUGAGGAUCUAAAGUCACGUGGGUUUUUAUUGUCAUUCCUGUAUAUAGCUUGUAUACAUUGGAAUGAAAUGUCAUUUCUCCAGGACCAUGGUGCAACACAGAACAGUACACAAGACUACAUAAAGUGUAAAUACACAACACUGGGAGACGAGUGCAGGACACUUGUAAACUAUUGUGUAGUGUAACAGCAAUAUUGGCAGCAGGUAAUGAGUGUAAAGAGGAUAGUUGGUAGAAAAAGGUUUUGAUGCUCUUGUAGCUGAAUGAACACAAAUCCCCACAGCCACGCUCCAAAAUCUAGUGGAAAGCUUCCCAGAAGAGUGGAGCUUAUUAUAACAGCAAAGGGGGAACAACUGUAUAUUAAUGCCCAUGGUUUUGGAAUGGUGUUCAAUAAUCAGGUGUCCACAUAAUUUUGUCCAUAUGGUGUACCUGCACUGUUUUAAAAAAUAAACCAAAAAAAGAAAAAUUGUGUUGCCAAAUGCUUAAGUUAUUUUUGUUUUUAUUUAUCAAUGGUAUAACAUUUUGUUUGUGUUGUCUCUUGCAAUGAUGUCUUUUACACUGUGUGUGAAUUGUUAAUGUGUAGAAUGUAUGACUUUGUCUAGUGCAUCAGUGUGUUCUGCUGGUGUAGAUUUGGUGUGGAUUUCCCCUUGGGAAUCAAUAAAGUCCAUUCAUCCAUCAUUCAAUCAGUCUGUCCUGUAGAUUCCACUCCACAAAAUGUCUGUCCGUUCCUUUAUGCCAUCACAUACCCAUUCCUACGCUAAGUAUAUGUAAUAAGAGCUACUGUUCCUUUUCAUGCAGGAGAUCUUAACCAAUGUGCCUUUCUUCACCAUCUAACCCACAAAUCAGUUUAUACUGAAGAUUCAACAAAUUGGUACGUUUUCUGUAUCAACAGGAUUUUGGCUUCAUCCCUGAUACACUGGUACCUUGGUAAAGCAGCAAGCAGAAGAAACAUCAUCACACUGGUUUACAGAGCCAAGGGAAGUUAACAAAGACUACAAUAUUGAAAAACAGUGUUUGUGUUACUACAUUUGAUGCUUUACUGAGAUCCUGAGUGUCAUUUCUGCAACAUGGACCAUCCAGCACAGAGACAGUCCUGGUUAGAGAUCGAUGUGGAUUUGGGAUUUGCAUUGUUCUUCCUGGUCCUCCUCUGCCUCUUCUUGGUCAUUACAGUCGUCCGCUGUGCCCAAACGGUGGUUGACCCUUAUGGCUCCAUCCCCACCUCCACCUAUCAGGAGGAGCAGAUCACUAACUGACGGUUGCUUUGGCCCAUCCCACGUGGUGAAUACACCGCAGGUGUUGGGCCUGAGCUUUUGUGAGGACCAUACAUGCAAAUGUGGAGGAGUUUUGUUAAUGGAUCAUGGUGCAACAAUAAUAGUGUAAAAAUAAGCUUUAUAUCACAAUAUGACAAAAGAAAAAUCGUAGUCAUGGUUAUACAGUAGGCCUACUGUACAGAUCUUACCCCAUAAAUGUUUUAAUAUAAAUUUCGUCUUUGUAGUAUAUCUUUUUUACUGUGUUAGUAUAAAAUCGCAAAUUUAAAAUGUCCACACCUUAAUCUUUCAAAAAAAAACAAAAAAAACAAGUGAGAGUCAAAAGUGGCAAGUUCUUUAAGAUGCUUGACCACCAGUGGCUUGCCUUCUAAAACUGCAUGACUGUAUACUUGAGAGAAUAAGUGGGAUUGUAAAGGGAAGCGUGCUCACGCCAAAUAUUGAUUUGAUUUAGUUUUUUACUGUUCUUUAUAAUAUUUUCUAUAUUUAGAAACUUGUCAUUUAAUUAUUUUUGAAAGCAUCUUUGCUCUACAUAUAUAGUUUUAAAUAUGUGCACAGUUCAGUAGAAACUAAUUAUUUGGGCUAUCAUUGAUCAUGGCCUACUGUACUUAGCCAUCAUAUUUUUGGUUAAUUUCAUGGAUAUUAAAAUGUUAAAACAUUAUUUAUUCAAAGUAUUUUAUAUCUUCAUAACAAUGCAUAAUAUUUCCAAUUGUUAAAAAAAGAAAAUUCAAGGGAUCAAUGUCAUUCACCUUCUUUUUGUAUAGUAAUCAGUUCUCACGAGUAAUCUUGCAAAAAUGUAACAUAAUGCAGACUGAUUUAAACUAUAUAUAUAUUUAGGAGAUCAUUUCCUGGGCUCUUUAUGUCUUUACUUCUUGCAAAUUUUAUGCUUUUUAUUUAUUCAUGUCACUGGACAUAACUUUUGUGUAUGGAUAUAAUGUUGAGAUUGUAACUUCAUGAAAUUCAUAAAAAAUGUUGUGAAAAUGUACGAUCAAGGUAAAUGACAAUGUCAGAAAAGGAACAGUAAAACCUGUAUUGUUGAAAGCAAUCCACAUCACUUUGAAGAAAUGUGACCUCUCCAGAUUUGGCAGCUUGCACAUGCCAACAGAGCAACAUAAAGGCAGUAGAUAUUAGGUUUAUUAGACUGGGUCCAGACCUUGUGGAUUCACAGCCAAGCUGACUUA